ACCCGAAACUCCGGAGUGACAAGUGGUGCCGAGAAGUGUGGAGGGAGCCCGGGAGAGAUCUGGAGAACCUCCGCUCGGAGCCAACAGGCGGAGCGCACGGCCGGAGAUCUGGGAGGCUUUCCUUUAUUAUUAUUUUGAAGGGAAUAAUUUGGUCGGAAAACUUGGGACCGGCAUGGAGUACACCACUUCACCCAAACCUCAGCUCUCAUCCCGGGCCAACGCUUUCUCCAUCGCAGCCCUGAUGUCCAGCGGGAAACCCAAAGACAAAGAACCGGAGGAAAACACCAUCAAACCUCUCGAACAGUUCGUAGAGAAGUCCUCCUGCAGCCAGCAGCCUCUCACUGACCUCUCGACCCUGGAAGGGCACGGGGACUUCGGGGGGAGCGCGCCCGCGGUGUGCACGGAGCCGCUCAUUCCUACCAAUCCCGGCAUCCCUAGCGAGGAGAUGGCGAAGAUCUCCUGCAGCCUGGAGACCAAAGAGCUAUGGGACAAGUUUCACGAGCUCGGCACGGAGAUGAUUAUUACCAAAUCUGGAAGGCGGAUGUUUCCCACUAUCCGGGUGUCUUUUUCCGGUGUGGAGCAGGAGUCCAAGUACAUCGUUCUGAUGGACAUCGUCCCGGUGGACAACAAGCGUUACCGUUACGCGUACCACCGGUCCUCGUGGUUGGUGGCCGGUAAGGCGGACCCUCCCCUCCCCGCAAGGCUGUACGUGCACCCGGACUCUCCGUUCAGCGGGGAGCAGCUGAUGAAACAGAUGGUUUCCUUCGAGAAAGUCAAACUGACCAACAACGAGCUGGACCAGCACGGACACAUCAUCCUCAACUCCAUGCACAAGUACCAGCCACGAGUCCACAUCAUCAAGAAGAAAGACCACACCGCCUCACUGCUCAACCUCAAGUCAGAAGAGUUCCGUACCUUUGUUUUUGUUGAGACCGUCUUCACCGCCGUCACAGCCUACCAGAACCAGCUGAUAACCAAGCUGAAGAUCGACAGUAAUCCCUUUGCCAAAGGCUUCCGGGAUUCCUCCAGGCUGACGGACAUGGAGAGCAGGGAAAGUGUUGAGAAUCUGAUCCAUAAGCACUCCUACGCCCGGUCGCCAAUCCGGACCUACGCCGGUGACGAGGAGAACCUUGGUGAAGACGGACACCCUGCUCACACCAGAGGUUCUGCGUUCACUGCCUCAGACAACCUCUCCCUGAGCUCCUGGGUCACCACCACGUCAGGCUUCUCAGGCUUCCAGCAUCCGCAGACCCUCUCAGCCAUGGGUACCAGCACUGCCUCCCUGCCUCAUCCCAUCCAGGGCUCCUUGCCCCCCUACAGCCGGCUGGGCAUGCCGCUAACACCCACUGCCCUGGCUGGUACCAUGCAGGCCACUGGGCCCUCCUUCCCAUCCUUCCACAUGCCGCGUUACCACCACUACUUCCAGCAGGGGCCCUACGCGGCCAUCCAAGGACUCCGUCACUCCUCCACUGUCAUGACUCCUUUUGUAUGACUCUGCCCUGGUGGGGGGUGGCAUGAACCUCACCCUGAUGCUCCCCCGUAAUCCAGUUAUACCUCCACUCUGGCUCAUCACUUCUCAUUAUGUUUUAUCUCUCCCUCUGGUCUUUGUAAAUAGUCCCUGUGCAGCCAGUGAGGUGACAGAAACAACACUGAGAGGCUGAUGGCCAAUCCAGAGAAAGUCACUGUGGCGCCCCCUAGGACCUGAACACCAACCGGUCCAUUUGUUUUCGAUUAGUGACAUUCGCCAAACGCUUGCAAACUCAACACAAAUGAUGAAA